CAAUUUUCACACUUGCCAACUUGCCACCACAAUCACCCAGCAGUCUAGGCCCAAUCGUUCGCAUAUUACAUCAAGCUGAAAACAUUUUAUACUAUCAUGAAACUGUCCAUUAUUACGCUGGACCGGCGUACCAUCAAGGUGGAGAUGAGCGACUCGCAGGACGUGCGCACGCUGAAGCAGCGUUUAAGCAACAUGCCUGAGGUUGCCAUGCCCGCGGACAGUCUGCAACUAAUCUACGCCGGCCGGAUAAUGGAGGACGAGUUGCCCCUGAGCAACUAUAAGAUAGCCGAGGACAAGAACAUCGUAUUGAUGGGAAAAAAGAUUGUACCUCCGCCAAAGGAACAGGAGCAGGAGCGGAAACCGGAGCCUGUGCCUGGCAUUCCCACAGCGCCGCCAGCCGCUGGUGCCAAUGAGGCACACAGCCAGCCGACGGUGGCUCUCCCAUCGAUAGCUCCCAACGAACAGCGGGUGCGCGAUCUCAUGGAAAUGGGUUACGGCGAACAGGAAGUGCGAGACGCCUUGCGUGCCAGCUUCAAUCAUCCGGAGCGGGCAAUAGAGUAUUUGAUCAGCGGAAUUCCUCCGCAGGCCGCUACAGAAGCACAGAUGUCGGCGGCCCAGCAAACCGGGGAUCCGCAUCAGAUGGUGGCCUCACCAGCCUUGACUCGUGUGCGACAAAUGAUUCGCGACGAUCCGCGCCUUUUGGACCAGAUCUUGGCCCAUCUGGCCGAAACGGAGCCGGAGGCUUUCGAAAUCAUUCGUAACCAUCAGGCAGAGUUCAUGGCCCUGAUUCAGGGCAGCGAUAAUGACACCGGCGGCGAAACCGUGCAGGUGAACCUAAAUGCUGACGAGGCUGCCGCCGUGGGACGUCUGGAGGCGUUGGGAUUUCAGCGGGCCUUGGCCGUGCAGGCGUACCUAGCCUGCGAUAAGAACGAGGAAAUGGCCGCUAUGAUUCUGUUCAAUCAAGCCGAGGAGGAUGAGGAUCAUGAUCAGGAGCAGUUGCCCUAAAUAAAGCGAGAAUGCGCACGUAAACGGUGCCCAGAACAUAACCUAA